CGUCGCAUUCGAACACUGAGAGGAGCAGACGCUAUGUGACCGGAUAACGUUCUCGCUAAAAAGAUGAUCUGAGUAAUCGUCGAUCAGUGAAUGAUAAAUUGUGUUCUCGAAGAAAGAUCUCAGGAGUCAACAGCAGGUGUUGGCCUUCGCUGCAGAGCAGAUGAAGCUCGAUGUCGAAUCAAGUCUCUAAACGUCACGACAGUUCGAUGGUGCCGUGACCCCAGGUGUGAACACGGUUCACGGACUUUUCCGGAAUUGACAGGGACCGGAAGCGUUUGCACAGAGACUGGGGAGAAUGAAUUCCCUAAGAACUUACUCAAACGGAAUCGAUAAGGGUCUCCACGCUCCUCGUGGCGCCAUGGAAUUGACCAUACCGUGGUGGGGAUCUCCAUCAGCAGCGACAAAGACUCGCGUCGAAGAUGUAUCAGAGGAAGACCCGCAGGGGAACAUGGAAGUCUCCGGCUCGAGGAUCCCGCGGGUUCUGCCGACUUUCGAUUGGUCUGACGACGAAAACUGCUGCGAAGCGCCUACUUUCGAUAUCGAGCCCUUGCAGGAGAGCAAUGUGAAUCAGAAACGGAUUCCAGACCCUCAACACGGAGAGCUGCUUAUGCCACUUCUCUCAUGGAAUCUCAACUCGACAUCCCGCACACCCCCUGCGGUUCCGGAUCUUGGUCCAAAAACUUUACCGCCACCGACAGUCGAUGUCCUAUCACCUCCAAGCCACUUUCAGCUGAAGGAGAUUCUGCCGUUCUCGAAUACGCCGCCGCUCAUGUCCGGGGCCGUGACAGUGCCUGUGAGGAAAUCAUUCCAAGAUGUGCCAUUCCAUCCAAGCCCCGCGCCUCUCCCUACGGCCCCUCGUCCAGCAACUGGUCUCAUCCCGCUUCCGAGUCCAUCUGCCCCCCUUCUACAACCACCCCCGCCCUACGGACUCUCGCGGCUUUCCAAUCCAAACCUUUCAGUGAACAUUCCUUUCAAACCGCCGCCGCCAUACUCGUCAAGUCUGAAGUCUUCACGAUCCGUAUCUGCCCCCUCGAUACCGCGAGCGCUGAAUACUCCCGGGGUCACCUCCGCCCCCUCCUCCGUCCUGUCGAUCCAGAAUGCCCCGCCGGCGAGUCAAUCGCCUCUUCCGCCUCUGCCUCCUCUAAUACCCAUCACGUCCAAUCGGGAACCGAAUCAAUCGCGUCUCUUGCCGUCCCUGACAGAACGCAGUGAAUCGGCUGCCGAGCCGAGGCUGGGAUCAUCACUCAACAAGGAAUCUGCUCCUACGACUCCUGUAGAACCCCCGAAGGCGCCUGAAGCGAAAGCGACGCCACCUCGACGAUUAGCGAGAAUGAAAACCACAGUCAAACGAGCAAUGAUUGAUCAGCCACCUACAAGUGAAAUGCCCUCGGGAAAUCGAGACCCCCAAUCCGGAGAGCCCUUGUUCAAAAAGCCGUACCCACCUCCGUCGCUUCCUGUCGCACCGAUCGCGCGGGAAGAGGUCGUUCCUCGGCUCGAAGCGCGAUCGUCUGCACCAAGCUUAUCAUUGCCGCUACAAAGCGCGGUUCAGAAGAACGAAACUCCAGUCGAAAAAGAUAAACCCAGGAAACGGCACAUUCCACUGGUGCCCACCCCGAGUUUUAUUCCACCGAUUCUCAUGAGGAACACAUCCAUGUCGAACAACCGGGGCGAGCCAAAGGAUCCUGGCGCACUCUUAUUCCGUGUACCGCCUCCAACUCAAUCAUGGCCCGACACUGCUGUGAGAGCUGCCCCAUCUCUCGCGGUAGAGCCACAAAUCUUCAAGAAGCCAUAUCCUCCGAAGAGACAGGUCGAUGCUCCGGAAAAGCGAUCUCAUAUCAUUGUCGACUUCUCGAAGAUUUCGACACUUGCGAGUCCGCAGAUGUGUGGCGGAAGCGGUAAUAGCGAAAAUCUACGCAGCGUCAUCAGAGGGAGGGAUUGACAGUUGUGUAGCACGAACACGGGCUCAAAUCGGGAUCCUCUUCGUAAGAGUCGCCGUGUUUUUAACGUGUCAGGAUCUUUUCCACGUCCCCCACGAGAUGGAAUCCGCGAUUUAAUUGAGUAUCAACGCAGCAGGAAAUCCCGGUCUCGGUUGCAAGGUCCUAACCCUUCUAUGGACAUUCGAAAAGUAUUUUGAGCUCAUAUGAUUUGACAACGCCGCGCAGUCAAUGUCACCGAUUGGAGACCAUGGAUCAAACUUUGUGACUACGAAUCCCAUCACUCAGGACUUGAGUGG